UACACAUUCCAACGCGAAAUACCGUCCAAGAUCUUGACAGUGUCAAAGGUCAGACUGCAUAAACAAACUUCGUUAUUGAUCCCCAUCCCCCUGAAGAGAAAUCAAUAAUUUUCCCUAUGCGCCGUGAACAACCUCACCCAAUUCCGUUGAAUUGAUGUGGGACACAAAGAAAAUCCGAGUUUUCCACACGUCGGAAAAUGUGUCGAGACAACCGCACUCGAGUUACACCAAAAGAUUUACGGUAGGAAUUUAGGAAGGGUGUUUUCCGAAGAUGAUCCUCACCGGGAUUUUCCUCUGGUACUUGGGACUGAAAACCGCGCAGGCAAUAGAUUGUUUCAAGUGUAUAUCGAUGAACAAAGAUUAUCCCCCUUGUGAAGAUCCGUUCCAUAACAAUUUUACCAUGGAUAUUUAUGAAUCACCCUGUAUGGGCGGUCGGAAGGGUAGAGAUGGCGUUUUUCCAGCCACGUCUUGCGUCAAGAUCACAGGAACUUUCGAAGACAAUGAAGAAACAAUUAUGAUAAGAGGUUGUGCUUUGGACAGUGGCACCCUAACCACCGAUACUGAACUUGUUCGAAUGUCACAUUGUGGUGCAUUUUACUACGAUAACAGAUACGUCCAUGGAUGUGUUCAAACUUGUAAUGAUGCUGAUGCUUGCAAUAAUUCCUUCAAAAUCCGUUCCAACAUUGAAACAACGCUUAUUUUAACAAUAGCCGUUUCAAGCGCCUUGGCUAUUUAUUGAAUCCCAUGAAAACUUCCAAUAAAAGAUGCCUUAAAUGAAAAAUUUGAUAUUCGAAAUGGAAUUUAUAUGGCUUCACUUCAAUUGAAGGAAUGUUAUUCAUUGUGGACCAAAAAUUUCUCUUUAGAGAGAGUUAGAGAACAUCUAUUCAAUUAUUGAAGAAUAUUGGUAAAGUUGCCGAAUUUGCUCAAAUCAAGCUAUACUUAUUUAUAAAUACCUGAUAGAGAAUAAAAUAACUAGAGCGCAUUGUAAGGAUUUGAUAAUUCAUGAUAGAAUAGAAACAUAUUCAAGAUCUAAAUAAGGAAUUGUAUUGUAGAUAAGCAUUUACAAGUAGGUAAAUAAAUUUUUUUUAACAACAGAACAGAACCCACACUAAAGAACUGUUACUUUGUAUAAAAAUAGUUAAACAGGAAUAUUUAUCUAGCAUAUACAAAUUUCAUUUCAAUUUUGGAAUACUCCAGAUAAAAAUCUAAUUUUUUCCCUACAAUGUCAGAUAUAAAAUAUAUUGAAUUGAAAAAAAAUUCAAAAUUUAUAUUUAUGCAAAUUGAAUAUAAACAUUUAUGAGAACUUUCUACAUAUCAGAAAUUUUUGAAGCCUUGUAAGAAGUAUUUGUUUUAUAUUGUAGAAAUGAGCAACUAAAUAUUUUAAAAAUAUAUUUAUUGAUUACUAAAAGAGUUUAAUUUCUAUUAAUGAACCUCGCUAAGAUACAAUCUUGCUGAAAAAUUUAAAAAUCGUCCCAGGAAAAAAACAAUCAGAACCAUCUAUGAAAAUAUCUUUGAACUAUAAGUUUCAAUACUCAUUCAUAGAUGGCAGCUUUGUCGUUUUUCAAUAGGGCAUUUUUUAAGUGAGGAAAUAUUCAUCUCUAUUCUUCAAUAGAUUACUAAAUUAACUUUAUUUCUUGUUGUUGUAAAAAUGAGA